AUGGACGACACAGAACUCCCCUUCACAAUCCCAACCCAUCCCCCCUUAUCCCCAACCACAACCUCCCUCUUCCCAACCCCCAUCCCCCUCCCCUGCCCUCCCCCGCCCGCCCUCGACACCCUCUUCCACGCCGAACACGGCCAACUCUUCAACUUAAGCGGCCUACGCACCUCCGAGUCCCUCAUCCUCCAGGCCCUCGACCCUUACUCCCCAUCCCCUUCCCCCAACGGUGGCUUCAUACACAUCAACGAAGCAAAAUGGCACAACAUCUUCCACCGCAGCAAAUGGGCCAGCACCGCCUGCCACAUCGCCAACGCGCCGCUGCACAUCGACGACGACAUCGCAUGGGGGCAUAUCAGCCCUGCGAUCGAGCUCGCGAACAGGAUGCUGGAACAGGCGCUCUCGCACCACUGGCUGCUCGCGAUGCUGAGCGCGGCGGGGCGUGAGGCGGUGCAUGGGGUCUCGGCGACUGUUGAUGGGCGGAGGUAUGCCAACGCGACGAUCUACCGCGCGCUUCCUGGGCCGGUUACGCAUGAAGCACGCGCGCAGGCGGUGAAGGUGUUGGAUGAGAUUGCUGGGAGUGUGUUUUGGGGGUUCCAUCAUGGGGAUGAGGCACCGGGGCUGUUGGGCAAGACGGACACGAUUGUGAGUGAGGGAAGGGGGUAUCACUGGUGCACAGUGGACGUGAGGCUGGUGGAGAGGAUGUGUGAAGGGAGUGAGGGGGAGAGGAGGGUUGCUGGUGUUGAGGUUGCUGUUAUUUUCUUCAACAACGAACGCUGGGCCGAAGCAGGCUACUCCUUCGAAACCGCCUUCCUCGGCACCGUCCUCCGCAACACCUGGCCCAGCUCCCGCUCCCGCCGCAAAGCCUACCAUGCCCUGCUUGCCCCGCGCCCGGAGACCGCCGCCGCGGGGCAGUUCCAGUACUACGGCGGCUGGGCGCCCUCCGACCCGUUCGUCGAGGAGCGCGCGGGCUUGCCGGGGCGGGUGCUGUGGGAAAUGACCCGCGAGGACUUCUGGGGGGUGAAGGUGCGCAAGUUUGGGGCGGAGGGGGUGAGGAUUCAGACGGGGUGUGUGAGUGUUGCGAGGGCGGAGUACUCGAAGGCGAGGGGGUAUACGGUGCGCAGGGCGGAUGUGCUUGAUGAUGCUGGCGGGUUUGGAGGACGGAUUAGGGAGCGGAGGGAGAGGUUGAAGAUGUUGAGGCCGUGGUAUGCAUGUGAGUAUCGCAAGUGGUGCGAGACGCCGUUUGCGGAGUUUCAGAUGCGCAGCUGGGUGCCGGGGGCCAAAGGGAUUGGGAGGAGCGUCAAGUGCGAAGCUGGUGUUAUCGCGGCUGCAAAGAAGAUGGUUUCCCCGUUUGGAGUUGAGGAGCAAGUCUGCGGGACGAGGAUCGAGGGGGAGAGGAGCGGACGGGGCUUCUGGAGGGCGGUUGGGUUUCUUGCGAUGGCUGCGGUGCCGGUGAGGCGGGGCGUGAAAGCAUGGGAGGACGAGAGCGUGCCGGCGUAUCCGGACGUUCUUGUCCAUGGAGCGAGGUUUGCGGCGCCGCGGGGGUUUCUGGAGGAGGUUAUGCGGCGGGGGAGGGGUAAGAAAGAGAGGAACAGGAGGAGAUGCGUUGGGCGUGCUGGGGAGAGGAGUCAUGAUCGGGAGAUGUGUUUUGAUAAUGCGAGGGUUGCGUUUUUGAGAUGGAAAUGGGGCGGUGUUAUGUCUGGGGAACUUGUGAUGGAGUUUGAAGCGGCGAUGAGGGAGGUGAGGGCGAAGAUGGAUAAGUUCCCCUUGGAUGAUGUUUGGUUGGACUUCGGAUUCCGGAUGCCGGAGUACAGCGGGGAGGUGUUCUUGCCCGUGGGAUAUGAGGAUGAUCGGGUUGAUGAGGAAGAUGCUGACUUGCCCAGUUGGGCCAUUGCAAGGCCUGGCAUUGCUGGAGAGGUUAUCGGGACUGUCAUCAAGCAUUACUCGCCUGGAGAGGUUGGAGACCUCCAAUCGUUGGGAGCAGGGCAAAAGGUCGUCUUAUGGCAGGACGAAGACGAGACGGAGAUCCAAGUCUACGAUGUUAGUGAGAUGUUCCCCAACGGCUGGGACUCAGAUGCCAGAUAUGCCUUCACUGCUCCCGGUCCGCGAGGACGCAUGCUCUCUCCAAACCUCGAAGCGAGCAUCCUCUCCCAAGUCCUCAACCAAGAACCUCUCGGUAAGGCAAUGCUCUGGCGCCAAGCAGAAGACUUCCGGAUCAACGACGGCAACGAGGGCAGAUCGCGAUGGAUCGCGCUCGGAGCCGAAGUCUUCGAUAUCACAAACUUGAACCUCUCCCCGGACCACUACACCUUCCAACACAUCCUCUCCCGCACCCGAAACCCCGUCGACGCAAUCGACGCCGGCUUCCACCCAGACCUGAUCCGCGCCAACCUCCUCCCGUAUAAGAUCGGCUGGCUGCGCGACGAGAGCGCCGCCGGCCCGCGGCGGAGGGACCGCGUGUUCACGCCCACCGAGGUGAAGUGGUUCGCGGCCCGCGAGACGGGGAUGUACGUCGUCAUCAACGGCAGCGUAUACGAUUUCACAGGAUACUGCGACAUGCACCCCGGCGGCGCGUCCCUCAUCUCCCAUCUCGCCGGCCAAGACGCCACUGAGGCAUGGAGGCAGGCCCACGGGCAGGGCGGAUCUGUCUCCGGGGUGGAUGUGCAUGCAGCGCUGGAGGAGUUGAGGAUCGGAAGCGUCGUGCCGGAGCAGUCGGCGUCCAAACCGCUCUCGUCGUCCCAGAUCCGGAUUCGGGACUGUGUUUUCGGGCGGGAAAAAAUCAAGCCCGAGCAGACCCAGGCACUCAACGACUUAGAACCAUACUGGGGCACAGAUUGCACACCACACCUCGAGGCACAGAGCCCGCACUGGGUAUUGACCAAGCUGUAUGACACGCGUGACUUCAUCGUCGCCAAGAUCGCAGCACGCCCUGAAGACUUUCCCAUGACGCAACAGACCUUGCGAGAGUUCGACGGCAAAGAGACAGAUCUAGGUUUCCGCGAGGCGCACGUGUCUGACGGGACGUCCAUCUACAACAUGACCUCGUUCAUCAGAUACACCUCUCCAUCACCACUCACCGCAUCCCUCCUUACCCGCGCCGGCACAACCCUGACCUCGUCCCCCGAGGACACCGAGUUGCGAACAUGGCUACAAACCUCCUGCCGCCACCGUAUCAUCGCAUCCCACGACCACCGACAACCCAACCCGGGCACCAGCCAGCCCCGCUGGAAGACCGACGUCCAAAGCGUCCCCCGCGCCCCAGCCCCCGGCCACUUCCCCAAAGUCAUCAAAGCAGCUAAGGUCGAGAUGAACUGGGCGAGGGCACUGCAGGGCGACGCGGCGUCUCCCGGUCCGAAGAGCGACGUCAGGCCGACGCAGGCGUCUACAAAGACGCGGGCGGGAGGGGGUACAAGAGGAGGGUUUGGUGGCGCGGGUGGGAAAGGCAGAGUUGAGGCGAUCGAGCUUCCUUUGUUGAACCAAAAACCGCAAUCGGUGGAUGGGGAUGUUGUCAUGGAGGACGUACAACCUGACGGGUGGACCGUCGUUGGGAAAAAGGGCCGCAGGCGGACUCGGAAAAGACGCUGA